AUGAUAUACAACUCAUCUCAAAAGGCCACGGACACCGAGUAUCGUUUCCUUGUUAGCAAGAAGAAUGUGGUAGAACCAGCUGGUUGCCAUGUUUUCAACAAACUCUUGGAGACAUCCGUACUUAUCAUGGUGACAAUGACAGAGCCGCGCCUCUUCUGUCAAAGGCUCAGAAAAAGCGUGUCGCCACUGAAGGCAUCGAAGGCAGCUUUAUCACUAAGGAAUUAG